GAGCCGUGCACGUGCACGUUGUGAAAUGGGAAAGAGUGCACUGGAAUAGGAGAUGCCUCUGCUGCUGCAGCUGUUUGAUUGAUUUCGGUCUGUUUCUAGCAGAAAUGUCUCUCUUGUCAGUGUCUCCAAGCUUUGAUGGAGCUGUGGUGUUCAGUGAAGCCUCGUAUUUUUGGGUGGGAGGGUCAGGCAAUGUGUUCUAGCAAGGGGCUGGAGUUACAUGGUGAGUGGCAUCGCUGCGGGGCAGUCUGUGCUCUGAGAAAUGCGUGCUCCUGGGGCUCUCCAUUUUCUCCUUUGGGUUAUUGGCCACGGUUGCAGUCUCCCCUUAUCUGGCCACAGCUUCAAUCUCGUGUAUUUCUGCUUGUUUGAAGGCAAUAAACUUCUGUGUGCCUCAUGCAAAAACAGUGACUCAUCGAUAGAUUUUUUUGGGGCAGGUGGUAGGAGGAAGAAAGGGGGAAGCAGGCACAAGGGCAUGCCCUAUGGGAGGGAUGGACCCGAAGGCUGCGUCCGUCCUGGGGGCAGCUCUCUUCCAGCAUCUGCAGGAGCAGAGCCCACGCCGGUGUGGGUUGGAACUGAGGGUGGAUGCCCCCUCUCUGCUCACCAAGCACCGUAUCAAACCGUGGCUGUUAGAAGCAGUCAGACAACUUACUCCUUUUCAAGCACCACCAUGACAACAGAGAAGAGCCCAGUGGCAGACCCCGAGAACUCGGGGCAGCAGCAGGCGAAGGAGGAGGAAGGGGCUGCCAACACACAGAAGCAGGAGGCGUCCCCAGAGGAGGGGUCGGGGCCCAAGCAGAAGGCGUCCAACGGCAAUACGCCCGCGGCCGAGGAGCAGGGCCGCAAGGAACGCCGUGCAUCCGAGGGCCGGGGCCUCUCCCGCCUCUUCUCCUCCUUUCUCAGGAGGCCCAAGUCCCAGGUGUCCGAGGAGGACAAAGACACCGAUGCGCCCAAGGAGGGCGGAGGGAACCAGAAGGACUCGGGGGUAGGAACCAACCCUGAUGAGGAGGAGAUCCUGGUGAAGGCUCCGAUUGCAGCUCCUGAGCCGGAGCUGAAGACUGAUCCAUCUCUUGACCUCCACUCCUUAAGCAGCGCGGAAACACAGCCUGCACAGGAGGAGAGGAGGGAAGAGCAGGAGCUGGACAGCAAAGACCUCGAGGGCAAGGAAGGAGGUGAAGGGAAGGAGGAGAGCGCCGAGGCAGAGCUGAAGCCAGAGGCUGCAGAGCCCAAAGCAGACAAGGAUCUGAAAGCUGCCCAGAGAUCCAUAAAAAGACACAGAAACAUGUACUGCAAAGUUGUCUUGCUGGAUGACACCAUCUUCGAGUGCACCGUGGAUAAACAUGCCAAGGGGCAGGAUCUACUUAAGAAAGUCUGUGACCACCUUAAUCUCCUGGAAGAAGACUAUUUUGGUUUGGCCAUAUGGGACAUGCCAACCUCCAGGACGUGGCUGGAUCCUACCAAAGAAAUAAAAAAGCAAGUUCAUGGAGGCCCCUGGGAUUUUACUUUCAAUGUCAAGUUUUAUCCUCCGGAUCCCGCUCAGCUGACAGAGGAUAUAACGAGGUAUUACUUGUGUCUUCAGCUUCGACAAGACAUCAUCACGGGGCGGCUGCCUUGUUCCUUCGCCACUUUGGCUCUGCUGGGUUCCUACACAGUGCAGUCCGAGCUGGGAGACUACGAUCCUGAGCUGCACAGCGCGGAUUACAUCACUGAAUUUAAACUGGCUCCAAACCAGACCAAAGAGCUUGAAGAGAAGGUUGUGGAGCUUCAUAAAACAUACAGAUCCAUGACUCCAGCCCAAGCAGACCUGGAAUUUCUUGAGAAUGCAAAGAAGCUGUCUAUGUAUGGAGUUGACCUUCACCACACCAAGGACUUGGAAGGAGUGGAUAUCACUCUGGGAGUCUGUUCCAGUGGCCUUCUUGUUUACAAAGAUAAGCUGAGAAUCAACCGCUUCCCGUGGCCCAAAGUCCUGAAGAUUUCCUACAAACGCAGCAGCUUCUUCAUUAAGAUUCGCCCAGGGGAGCAAGAGCAGUAUGAAAGUACAAUUGGAUUCAAGCUUCCAAGUUACCGGGCAGCAAAGAAGCUGUGGAAAGUAUGUGUUGAACACCACACAUUUUUCAGGCUGACUUCCACUGAGGCCAUCCCCAAGAGCAAGUUUCUUGCCCUGGGCUCCAAGUUCCGCUACAGUGGGCGGACGCAGGCCCAGACCAGGCAGGCGAGUGCCAUGAUCGACCGACCUGCCCCCCAGUUUGAGCGCACAGCCAGCAAGCGGGCCUCCAGGAGCCUCGAUGGAGCUAAACGUGCGACUCAAAAAGUUGAGUUCAGAGCCGUAGAGGAAGAGAAGCAGGAGGAGGUGGUGGUGGUUGAGGUUCCCGAACCAAAACCCGUGGAUCAGUUCCGAGAGAAGCCAGCCAAGCACACGCUUGAAAGUUUUGAAAUGAAACCCAUUGCAGAGGAGGAAGAGGAGGAGGAGGAGAAGGUGGAGAAGGUAGAGGUGGCUCAGGUUCCCAUUGCUGAGCCCAAGCUGCCGGACCUGGUGCAGCAGCAGUCAGCCACACAUGCCCCUGGCUCUGUUGAGAUAAGCCCAGUAGAAGAAGAGGAGGAGGAGGAAGAGAAAUUGGUGGUGAUGGGCGAGCUAAAACCAGUCCUGAAGAAGCCAGCCGUGGCAGUGAUAACACCCGAGAGGAGCCCCCGGCCCACCUCUGCCCCUGCCAUCGCCCAGAGCCACGUGGCUGAAGCAGCCCCAGCUAAACCUGAUGCCAAGGAAGCCCUCGCUGCAUCGAAGGUGGAAAAGGAAGCAGUGAAAGCUGAGGCGAAGCGUGAGGAGAUCCCCCCAGAGAGAGCCAAAGCAGAGCUAGCUGAGGCAUCUAAGGUGAGGAAAACGCACAUUGAGGUCACAGUACCCACUACGGCUGGUGACCGACCCCAGAAGAGGUCAAAGAGGCUAGAUGGUGAAAACAUUUAUAUCAGGCAUAGCAAUUUAAUGUUGGAGGAUCUAGAUAAGCCCCAAGAAGAGAUAAAGAAGCAUCACGCCAACAUCAGCGAGCUGAAGAAGAACUUCAUGGAGUCUGUCCCCGAGCCUCGCCCGAGUGAAUGGGACAAACGUUUGUCCACUCACUCCCCAUUCCGAACGCUCAAUGUCAACGGGCAGAUUCCGUCGGGAGCGGAUGGACCACCCCUAAAUUGAAGGGAAUUGGUGCUUUGGAGAUAAUACUGCAGGAUUCCAGUGGACAAACACUAGCGUGGCAUCAGUUGCAGAUGUCGGUGCAGUCUCCACCUAAUCCAGUCCCUGGGUUUAGUGUUGCAGUGGGCUCUGCCAGUGCAUGUAGGUGUGCUGUGCUGAGAGCAGGGAUGUCUGCAGGUGAUGGAGUCCUUGUCCUUGCAGAAGCUGUGUCUGCAUGUUGAGGGCCACAGGCAUUCCGAGUCUCCCUGCUCAUUUCCUCAAAAAAGGGACUUUUCAGAGAAACCCAGAUGGAGCAGCAGUGUCUGCCAGCUUGUUUCUCCUUUGAUAAUGGACAGUUUUUCCCCUUACAUUAAUGCUAGCAGUACCUGGUGAAGCUUGUGAGUGAAACUGGUAGUCAGUCCCUUAAAAAUGAAUGAGAUUUUCAUUAGAACUGAAAAAAAAAAUGAAAUGCAGUGAAGGCAGCCCCAGAAUCUCUCCUGGUUUAACCCCCAGCUUCUGCCCUUCCUGCCCACUGCUCUGCAGAGAAGCUCCCGUUUGCUCUUCAUGCCGUUGCAAGGCUGGUGGUACUCCUUAAACAGAAGUAAUUCAGCAGUGGAUGGAGGGUUACCAGAACAAGCACAGGGCUUCAGUGGACAAGUUCACUGCAGGCUCCUUAAAGCGUGAGCAGAGGCCAUUGCAGGGCUUUUUUCCUAUUAGAAAAACAAAACAACCCCACCAAAACGAACCUGUUGUCGUGCUUGGAAUUAACACACGGAUGAACUUAACGCUUUGGUCGCUGUUUCGUAGGGUAAAUUCUGCAGGAGUUUGCAGAGCAGGGCACAGCAGAGCUCUGCCUGCUGCUUUGUGCAUGUGCAGGUGGAGGAGAACAGGGGCCCUCAAGCUCAGCAGCUGCAGUGCAGAAACAAUUCUCUGUUAUUCUGAAGUUAUUGUGCGGUGGCUGCACGUGAUGUCUUCGGGGGGCUGCUGUGCACUGCACCUGGGUGGUGUGGAUUUACCCAUUGAAAGCUGCAGUGGUCCGCAGUGACGUGAAGGUUGGUGUCAGCUCUCGAUUUGCAUUUCUGGAAAUUCAUUUAAUUGGCACAUUCUCUCAUGUGCUCCUCCCUGAAGCGGCCUCGCCUCGUGUUCUGCUGUGUAUUUCCAGAAAUGCGUCAGUGUAAAAACCUUGGGGAUGGUGAAAUAAUGCAGAUAAUUCAUAAUGCAGAGCAGUGCUGAUUCUGUUGUUCAUGGUGGUAUCUUAACCCUGUGGUAGUGGCAAAGGGGUGUUUGUUACUCUGCCAGGGGCUGCUUUUCUGCUCUCCCAGUGUUGUUGCAAGACAACUGAACCUUACAUGCUUUGUGUGUCCAGGUAAAGAAAGUCACUGUCCUAUCUUCUGAGAGACAGGUUGGUUGGUGGGCUCGAGGUAAAGCUGCUGUUCUGACAUGUGCUUCUGAAACAGAAUUCUGCUAUCGCAAUGGCACCAAGCAAAAACUCAACAGCAGCUGCUGAAUAGCGUUUUUCUUUUGGCUACAUGAAGUAGUUUCAUCCCUCACAACCCAACACCGAGAGGACGUUUUGCACCGCUGCAGCUUUUGCAGCUUUCGGUUUGCUUGUGUCGGUGCAUGGCUGGUUGGAAAAAGCUGCAUGAACGAUGUAACCGUGUAUUCGGAGAGAAAAGCAAUGCUGAAAGUUUAACUGUACCCUGUUCUUUUCAUGUUGUCUUUCUUUCCGUUUUUCUUUUAAUGAUCAUGUUACUCUUGCAUUUUAUCUUUUCUUUUGCUGCCCAGUCUCCCAGCUACUUUCUCCCUGAUACUCAUCACUUAGGGGUGUGCAAAGAGCCGGUCCCCAAAUACCACACUGAUCAGAGGAGGCUGGCUCAGCUGAGAGAGCUCAGAGCCAAGUUCUUCCUUUCAUAGCCACACCUGGGUCUGACCACCCUCCUCCAAGGGAUGGAGAGCUGCCUGGACGGGUCACAGCAGCAUUCCCACAAUCAUAUUUCCUUCAGUGAACACACCUUGCAUGAUCCUGUGUGACGAUUGACUCAUUCUGAUUUUAUCACGUUCUUGAGAAUCCAGGAGCAAAAGUACUAAAAUGCAGAGCGGGGCGUAAGGAGUUUGGAACACAAGCGCCGGCGUCCUGCCCGCUCCACGCUCAGCAUUUCUAGCAUGUAAAGAUUUUUCACUCCUUCCGGUGGAAUUUUCAAAGCGGUCGAAAUUUUGAUACCGUCGUCCGAAUUUUCAAAAAAGGGGGAAAAAAAAAAAAAAAAGUUUUCUAUCUGUCUGCACUGAAAUCCAAACGUUCGACGUUAUUUAACAAAUGCUAUUUUUUAAGGGGCACCGUAGAGUAGGGGAUGGUCCAAAGCGUGGUCUUUGCCUGCACCGUUUCUAUUCGUGAUGCCACAAAAAGCAAACUUUUGUCCUGGACCGUUCCAAUUCCGAACACGUUUUGACAGGCUUUGACCGUGCACUUUUCUUAGGGGGCAGGCACAGAACACACGUGGAUGGUGACUCAGAGAGGCACGGGCUCUGUCGGAUAGAGCUGUGCUUUGUAGCUCAGGUGGGGGUGUGAGCUGAGCUCCCUGGGGUGCUGCUUGCAGAGCAGUGAUUUCCACUUUGGACUGGCCGAACGCUUUGCACACCUCCAAGUGUCGUUUUGGGCACUUCCCAUCUGUCAUUUUUGUUCAUCUCUCUCUGUCUUUCUUGAUCUUCUACCACGAAAGCAGACACAGGAACGUCCUCUGUUAGUGCAGGAUGAAGACAAACUAAAAAAGCAGCAGAUCCCUACUGAGACAACAUUUCCCCGGCAAGCAAGCGAAGAAACUCUUCCAAAGGUUUCUAUUCCAAUUCCUGAAGAGCAUAAAUCACUCAAAAAGUGCCAGCUGUACUCUAGAGUCUUUCCGUCUCCACGUAUCCCCUUUGUGAUGUCUUUUCUUGUGGUGGUAGCACUGACUGUUUGGUGGCUGCUCUUUCUCUGAGUGGGAACAGGGUCGCACGGAAACCUCAAGACCAAAGCUCCUGAAUCUCUUGGCCGUAGCAUCAGCCGCAUCCUCCUUGUCCUGGGCUCUGAUCUCCGCAGCUCCUUUCCCCCCGGGGGGACACCCUGUGACACUUGCUUUGAUCCUGCUGUUCUCUGUGGGGCUGUGAUCUGGGGCCUGGCAGGAGUGGUAAUGGAUUGCCGUGGCUGCCGGGAUGGCCUUCCCAAAAUGAGUUCUCUAAAUGUGUUGCCCGUUGCGGAUGCUUCAGCUGUAAGCGGGCAGGCUGAGAGCCCUGACGUGUGGCAGGAGGUCUCCCUCCAUGCAGCAGUUGCUGAAGAUUUGCUGUUUGUUAGGCUUGUUCUGAGCAUAAGAUGUUCACAAGCAGGACGUCCGAUGGUGAUCCAAAAACCCAAAGAGGCUUUGCAGCAAUCUGCCGAGUCUAAUCCAUAACCACUCCUUUUCUAGGAAGCUAAGAUCGGCGUUGAAAUAAGUAGUGUUGAUCAGCAGUGCUGCUAUUAGUGUUAACUUAGGGACAGGGAACGUCUCAUUUUCCCAGUGGGAAGCCUUUGGCAAAGCAUCACAGCUUCCAUCUCGCGCCCGUGUUCUCCUUUCAAAGCGAAUGCCUCGUGUUGCAGGAGAAAUUGUGUUAGAAGGAAAUAUUUAUUGUAAGCAUAGAUCAAUCGUGCUUCUCUCUCUGGUGGUCUUGGUGCACUUCAGCUGUGGUUUGUUGUUUUUUUUUUAAUUUGUGUUGAACUAACUGAAGCAUGUUUGCUUAGGGCACAGGAGUGGGAUAACCCACUGUUACGCGCGUUGCCUUUGGUAGCAUGGUGAUGUUACGACUCUUCCAUUUACCCACGCUGUAAUAAGAUCACUGCGCUCAGGCCACAGCUCCAGUGUUAAAGCCACCUAUUGUUUUGACUUCUCUAACAACAAAAAAAAACGUUGCAUGCUCCUUGUUUAUUGCCUACCCAUGUAAUUGUCCGGGCGAUGCUCUCAUUUAUCCAGGUUAACUCAAUAGUGAAUGUGGUCGAGCUGUGUAGGAUGGACAGAACCAGGUCUACAAGCUGGAGGGAGUAUGGGGCUUUGUGUCCAUGGGGUUUCUUUCUUGUAUAUAGUAAUUCUGUGAGUGAGCUGAGCCACCCGCUUCUCCUUCAGCAGCAAUGUGCUUUGUGUUGCUUUCUCUAGAGUAUGGGUGUAGGAAGAGUUACUUCUGAGAACAGCCACCAACGCCAUCAGUGUUGGGAGCUGCUCCGACAGCGUAGCAGAGAAAGGAGUACAGCUCUGUAACAGGGGCCAAAAUAUGUGAAUAUAUAUAAAUACCUGUAUUUAUAACCCUUCAUAGACCUGUAUCUGUGCGAACAGUGUUAUUUAAGAAGCUAGCAAAUACGCCUGCAGGACAAAUAGGUUUGUGCACAGCUUGGCAUGUGCUGGCUCACCCGAAGGAUCCGUGUGUACGUAGAGGCUGAGGCUCUAAAUGCUGUCACAGAAAUGUAGGUUUUGAGUGAAACCCUCCGUUCGAUCUCCAGGAAUCCUUCUGAUCUGUCUGCUCUCCCCAGUUCUUGUAACACGCUCCGAUUAGUUCACCAGUUUGUGCCUUUAGGACUUAAGUUUUCUGCGAAUGCUGAAUUCCUUGGAAAGUAUUCUUCCCGUUAUAACACACUGCCUUUAACACACAGUCUUCCUCUUUCAGCAGUAGGAGUGGCAGAAGGAAAUUUGUGCAGGCGUACCACAGCCCGAAGGAGAGCUGUCAGCAGCCCCAGGGAGGACAGCUCAGGGUCCAAGUGGCUGAAAUUCAGGAACACUGUCUUGAGAUGAAUGGGACUUGGAGAGGAGAGGUGGGAGAGCCAGGACGUGGAGGUGCUCCUGCAAUGCAGAUGAUGAUGGAGGGAAGAGGCUUUCCAAAAAGCUCUCUGAAAUAGGAGCACGCGUAACGAGAUGUGGGAACCAUUCAUCCUCCACAGCAUGAAGGGACAGGGAAUGUUCUGUUCUUCCUCUGUCUGUGUUCUGUCCAUUUUUUCAUGGAGAAGAGCAGCCUAACCACACACCUCCUGCUUCCUUCCAACAGCCAAUGCUUGGGUUAGCUCCCACUGAGCGCUGGCUGGGUUCUUGCCCACUGUCUUUCUGAGCUGAUGCUUAAUGCUCUGAAGCCAUAGCAGUGGCUUUUGGCUGCUGUCUGUCUGCCAUUUCCAAAGGACCUGAACUCUAAAAGCUUUGCCCGGUGCGACGUUUGAACAUAGUGCUCAGGGUGAUCUUCUCCUGAGUGCUGAGAGAUGCUCUCUGUUGGCCACUCCAACCCAAUUCAUUAAUUAAGAUGCUCUCUCUCACUUUCUUUUUUUAACCUUGAGAUAAGGCUGGUUGGCAUCAGCACAAAAACAAAACAAAACAAAACCACCCUUAAACUGUACAUUCAGAGAAUGCUCAGGUACGUUUUUGGAGUUUAUGGAACAGUUAUCACUGAAGAGUACAAAGAAACAGAACCGAUGCUUUCCAUUCCUAGGGCAGCGCAGGGGCCGGUUGUCUGUAUUCAUUCAGGUGGAUAUGAUCUUUUGUGGCUGGGAAGGAUUGGAGCUUACCAAGAGCAGGAACCUCCCCUGGCUGAUGCUGAGGUGCAUUUUGGGAGUGUCUGCAGGCCAUUGUGCUCCAGCCUGCUCUGCCAGCCACCUCUUCCUCUUCUCUAUUUGCUUGUAUGGCAGAUGGAGCUACAGCAGCGCCCCGAGGCAACGUGCUAGGGUCUCCUUGUCAUGUGUAAUGUGUAUCGUGUGCAUUGUGCUGUGCUGGGUGAUUCCCACCCUCACUGCAUUUGCUGGAUGUCCAUGCAAGGCAUGGCACUGCAGGAGGCACUGCAGGGCUCUGCACCAUCCAGCUUAGUGCGAGGGCAGAGGUCUCAGGUUUUCAUUAAGGAACUUAUGUGUACUUGGCUUCUUGUACUUCUUCCUCAGGAACAAACAUGCUGCAAAGCACUGGCAGCCCACGGGAUUCUUACUUCCAAAGGGAAGCUGAAAAUAUCUGCAGGUAACCUCAUCCCUGUUUGCAUGGGAAAUCCUGAUUCUUCAGUGCGAGGUGCUGCAGAAAAUGACAUUUCAGUGACUCUGACGUGCCAGAGACGUGGCUGCUAUGGGUCUGCCAGCAGCACUGCUGUUCAUUAGGCUUUCCCAGUGCUUUGCAGCCUGCCUUGCUGCAGUGGGACUCAUUGGUGCUCACACGUGGGUCCCAGCAGCUGCACUAAGGGACCAGCUGAGGUUCAGCCCCUUCGUCUCGUUCCAUCCUGGAGCUGGUGGUUGGCUCUGCACUGACUUUCUACACUGAACCUUCUUACCCUGAUCAUCAGCUUUUCUGAUCUCCAGAUAAAAGGCAGAAUCGUUUCUUGGGCUUUCAUGCUUUAAAACAGAGUGGCCAUUUUAAUUUUGCAUUAUUUAAAGGGACAGCUGGUGUUGCCUGCCCCUCCUGCUGUGUGCUUCUUUGCCCAGUGGGUUAAUGGAAGACGAACUGAGGAUUCUCUAUGGGAAGAUCGUAUUGGGACUUGGAGUUAAGGAUGGGAGCAGUUUUCCUUCCAUGCAGUUUGUGCAGCAACUGGUAAGGACCGCACAGAGUAGGUGCUCAGUAUUUGCCUCCAGUCCUGGAAUAAAGAGGAGAGAUGGGUUUCCUUGGCAUUCCUCCUUUGCAGGAAUGAGGUCGGACUGCCCUUGCCCUGUUGUACGAUUUGUCACUCUUAUUCCACUGUUCCAAUGGAUUUUUUUUUACUGGCCACAAGUUGGUUGUGCCUGUUCUGAUCCACAGGCUGAGGUGGGAUGCUUUCCAGAAAAACCUGUCCCAAAGCAGAGGGGUUCCUGCUUCAUUCAGAAAUGUUAGGUCUCGGCUUGGUGCUGGUGACAUGGGAGACCCUGACGUGGUGCUUUCUCAUGUGUCCCUGUUUGCAUCUCUCUUGGUUUGUAAUGCUGGAGGUAAAGGCUGUCUGUCCUUGGGGCCGUGGUUUGUGCCACUCUGUGACCUUCUAGCAGUGGUACGUGGUAGCGUUGGAUCAGUUUGUGGGGACUAAAAUUACUUUCUUUUUAACUACAAUGCUCUCUUUUGGAACACUUUUUUCGGUUUUGUAUUUUUUCUCAGAUUUUUUCUUUGUAAAUAUGUACAUUUAUCAUUAAUAAAUGUUAUUGCAAAUCA